AUGAUUGAUACCCAUCAGCGUAUUGCCUAUAUCAAGCUUGAUUCCUUUGACGUCGGAAAUUUCCAGACUGACUAUGGUUCUAGAAUAGUUGCUAGUGUUGGUUCUCGUUCAUCUUUAAUCCGUAAUUCUAAAGAAUUUUCCUCCUCAGAGAGAUCUCCUCAAAAAGUAUGGGAGUUCAAGUACAACAACCCAAAUACUUCUUCAUUCAUUCUAUCUCUCUCAAAGAAACGCAUAUUUGGAGGGGAUAUCAUGAUCGGAGAAGCUGAUAUAAAGGUUUCAAAUUACGAAUUAAACAAAGUUGUUAAGCACGAUGUUAGACUGAAAAAUCACAAAAACAAGUACUUAACAAGUAAAGCUACAAUAUUUGUUCACAUUUGUGAAGAUGGAGCCAAUCCAUUCAGUGCAGAAACAGGUAGACUAAUUGAAAGUUCCAGAGUUUAG